AUGGACCUGCUGGGCAAGUUUGAGCUGACGGGCAUCCCUCCUGCUCCCCGUGGUGUUCACCAGAUUGAGGUGACAUUUGAUAUUGAUGCCAAUGGUAUCAUGAAUGUCUCUGCUGUAGACAAGAGCACUGGCAAGGAGAACAAGAUCACCAUCACCAAUGACAAGGGUCGUCUCAGCAAGGAGGACAUUGAACGCAUGGUCCAGGAAGCUGAGAAGUACAAGGCUGAAGACGAUGUCCAGCGUGACAAGGUGUCUGCUAAGAACGGCCUGGAGUCGUACGCUUUCAACAUGAAGUCGACUGUGGAGGAUGAAAAACUUGCUGGCAAGAUAAGUGAAGACGACAAGCAGAAGCGUCAUUUGCAGUGA